AAAGGCUUGGCAUAUAUUGUACUUUCUAUCUUUAUAAUCAAGACCUUUCUGUUCUUGUGCUCUCCUACCAUUAUCUAGUUCUUAUCUUGCUAUGGCAACCAUUCUUCCCUCCCAAAGUUCAUCCUUGAGCAAAACUAGCAACGAAGAAGAUCACAAGGAUGAGGAAAUCGAAAAGAUUGAGAGAAUCUACAAAAGCUAUAAGGAAGUAAUCUCAACUCUUUCAAAAGAAAAGGGUUGGAUAAGUCCGCAUCUCUGUCAGUACCAAGGUUUUUGGUUUGACCCCACGUAUAAUCUAGCAGGUGUCAUGUUUAUUCAACAACAUUUUAAGCCUCGACCUACUGAUGUUCUCUUGAUCUCCUCACCUAAAUCUGGCACAACAUGGCUUAAAGCCAUUGCUUUUGCAAUCAUGAAGAGAACUAGUUACAAUAGCAUGUCUGUUGUUCAUCCGCUACUCACCACUAACCCCCAUGAUUGUGUUCCAUUCUUAGAAAUACUUUUGAGGACACCUCCCAUUGCAGAUGUUGAGGACUUGCCCUCGCCUCGCCUCUUUUCUAGUCACAUCCCUUAUACUUUGUUGUCUGAGUCUAUUCAAAAUUCUGGUUGUCGAAUAGUGUACGUUUGUCGAAACCCAAAAGAUGUGUUCACCUCUAUGUGGCACUUCACAACUAAGUUGAAAACCAAUAAUCUACCAUGUUCAUCUCUUUCUCUAGAAGAGGCCUUUGACAUGUUUUGCGAAGGGAUCUCUUCAUAUGGACCUUUUUGGGAUCAUGUGUUGGGAUAUUGGAAAGCAAGUUUGGCUUGUCCUGAGAGCGUGUUGUUCUUGAAUUAUGAGGACAUGAGAAGGGAUACACCUAUUCAUGUAAAGAAAUUGGCUGAGUUUUUGGGCCAACCUUUCUCUUUGGAGGAAGAGAGUAAAGGGAUUGUGCAGGGAAUUGUUGAACUGUGUAGUUUUGAGAAUUUGAGUAAUUUGGAGGUGAACAAAAAUGGAACUCUGCACUACGGUAUCAAGGGUGAUGUGUUCUUUAGGAAAGGUCAAAUUGGAGAUUGGAAGAACCAUUUAACAGCCCAAAUGACUGAGCGCCUAGAUCAAAUUACUAAAGAAAAGUUAGGUGGUUUGUUUUGAUUUAGCAUAUUGUUGUUGGUGGCUAGUACUAUUAAUGUUGUUAAACUUGAAGUUGACUUGUAUUGGCACUCUCUUAAUCAUCUCUAUUGUAAUAACUAUCCCUUUCAUUUGAAUUUAGGGGCAUGUUUUAAAUAAAAUGAGUUUUUCCA